AAACAUUGUGUUGGGUUAAUUAUUUCAAUCAAUUUAAUUAGUGUUUAUAAUUACUAUAACAACAUAAUCAUUCAAUAAUUAUUAUCUGACUCCUUCAUGGUACAUUUACAUCAUGGAAGAAAUUAAGAUCAGUUUUAAAAAGAAGAGGAGUGCAUUUGAUAUAUUUUCGUCGUUAGCAUCCAAAACUAUUUUGUCGGGAAUGGUGUUUUAUACAGGCUAUUUUGACGUAACUCCUAUUUGGAUUUGUAGUAUUCUAAUCGGACUAGCGUACAGAAAUCAUAAGAGAUUAGAAAGUGUGUUUAACCAACAAGUGUCUACUGGCAUCUUUUACAAAACGGGGAGGAAAAUGGUACUAAUCAAUACAAAUCCUUUUCCAAAGAGUGUGAAUUUUCCAGAGGAGGGAAACUGUGAGUUUUUGAACAAGAUCACCCAAAAUAUGUGGUCUAAAAUGUCUAAGUAUACAGAAAAUCUGUUGAAACAAAUUAUAGAACCAAAAAUAAACGAAUCUUUGAAAAAAUACAAAAAUGGUCCUGAAUUCAAGUUUCACACAAUAAGGCUAGGCUCAAUAUGUCCACGUUUAUACGGAUUAAAUGUUAAGAAAAAGUGUUCAAGACAAAUGGAGUACAUCAUAUUCGAUGUAAUGGUAUUUUAUGCUGGAGACACUGAACUUUAUUAUUACCUCAUGUCUCUUGGUGGAGGCGUACAACACUUGGAAUUCAGUGGCCAUAUUAGGAUUGUCUUAACAGUUAUGAAACUACCGAUUCCAAUCAUAAAAGGGGCAGAGAUUUUCUUCGUACACAAACCAAAAUUCGACUAUGACUUCACUGGUGCAAUGGAUAUCCUAAGUGUGCCUGGUGUAAGUGGAAUGUUAAGAAGAACAAUAGAUGAUCAAUUGAGCUUAAACGUUGUUCUUCCAAAUAAAAUUACAGUUGGAACAAUUGCUAUUGUAGAUUCGAUCUGUUGUAAGUGCUUGGAUCCUGAAGGUCUUCUUCGUUUGAAAAUUAUUAAAGCCAGUGGACUAGGAGACAGUGGUUCGGGUGUAUUUAGCUCUGGAUUCGCUGAAACUUACAUUACCGUUACGUUUGGGCCUCAAACAUUUACAUCUCAAACAGUCAACAGCUUUCUCGAUCCAGAAUGGAACUUUUGUGCCAACCUAAUGGUAGAUUAUUUGUCAUUUGAUGAUAAAAUUACAAUUGUCGUUAGUGGAAAAAAUGGGAGUACAAUUCUUGGGAAAGUAACAUUGGAUCUAAAUUUGACUGUAGAAAAAAAACAUUUAUGUUCUUGGGUUCAGUUGGAAGACAGUACUUCCGGGAUGAUCUAUUUAGAAAUAUUCUACUACAACCUUACUUGCGAAUACCAAGAUGAGCAACAGAUGGAACAGCCAUGUGUACUAGUCGUAUUCAUACAUGCUGCCUUUAACUUGGAAAUUCCCAACAGUAGUGGAAACCCCGAUUCCGCUGUGUAUUUAAGUAUCGACAAUGAUACCAAGUCUUCUAAAUCAGUGUCAUCAAAGAAUCCAAUUUUCAAUGAAGAGCACAUAUUCAUAAUUGAAAAUAAGGCUAAAGACAAAACUCUAAAACUGAAGUUAGUGGACCAAAAGAGUAAUUAUUAUCUAGGGAAUGCUAACAUACCUUUAAAACGAGUAUUUGAAGCGGAAUUUUUAGAAGUAAUUGAUCUUAUGUGUCCUCUCAUAGGAGCUGCAACAGAAUCCUCACUUCAGUUAUCCAUCCGAGUUAGAAUAGCAACAGUAACGUAA